AUGGCGUCCGAGCGUGAGACUCAGAUCCCAUCCUGGGAUGGAAAUGCACGCGCUCUUGCUGCUCUAGGACUCUAUGAGGACAAGCAGGGCAUCAAGCAACACGAGAAGAACUUUGACCUUCCCGAUGAGGAGCCUCGUUCUGAGCGUGAUGACUGGUGGAACCAUGGUUACCAGGACACGGAGACUCCUCAAGUCCCUGAAGAUGGAAUGGCAAGUGCUGCAGCUGCUGCUGACACCUCUCCAGCGGCAAGAACAACACCUGAUGGUGGAGAUGGUUCUGUCGGCGCCUCAACUCCACAUCGUCGACCUCCAACGGAUGGCACUCCUAGCCAUCGGUCUGUGGGUGUUGCAAUGACUGAUGCACCACCUGGCUUUGGCGGCAUUGAUGAGUUCUCCCUGGCUGACUCCUUUGUCCUCAGGGGCUUCAGGCUACUUCAAUCUGCAGGCCUCAAUGCUGAAGAGAAAAGGGACAUCCUGCCCGCAACGAAGGGAAGCCUUGAGUUCGAUGUGGUCACUAAGGCCUUGCAGACCCUCUGGGACGAGCAAUUUCUUGGUCGUGUGACCACCUCUUCAAGAAGUCCUUCACCCAUCCACUAUACAUGCACGACACCUUUGCGGUCCAUGAGGAGCCCGAUUGCCAGACCUGGUGGCCUGAGAGCUACGAUGGAUACUGGACUCAACAAGAUGAUGGAUGGAAUGAACAUGAAUGGGAUGAUGGUGAUUGGCAAUUGGCAUGAAGCUCACCAUGGUCACGCGGAACAACCUCCUCCCGAUGAUCCUCAAGAUAAAGAACUACAAGAUUCCUUGCAAGCUGAGAAAGAAGCUGAGGGCCUGGCUACGCAGGCUCAAAGAACAUGGUCGGAGGCUCAGCGUGCAACUGCGGCGAUCCGCCGCGACCGUGGUUUUGGCCAACAGAGGCCGAGCUCCUCGAACGAGAUUCGCUGCUUCCGUUGCGGUGGCUCGCACCUGGCUCGCGAUUGCACUGAUCGCGGAUUCCCCAAGGGAAAGGGCUAUGGUGGUGGAAAGGGAAACCUUUCUACCUCGCUGACUGGGAGACUGCGGAGAGGGCAAGCAUGCCCAUGUGAUGGACCUCCGCGCCAUGUGGAAGGGGAAAGGAAGCGCCUUGAUAGAUUGCGGCGCAGCCGCUACUGCUUCUGCCGGACCAGAAGAGACGUGAAGAACCUCAUCCAGUCCAUUCUCACAGCUGACUCUGGAGCCGCCGUAACCAUUCGCAAGCAUUUGUUGCGCUACACUCCAAAGAAGGGAAGCAGCAGCGCUCACACCAAGGCCGACAACGCCUUCAUGACGAACAAGGUGCUCACCGAAUUGCAGAGCCUCAUGAAGGGACACAAGCCCACGGCAGCGAUCUGUCUGGCUAUGCAGCGCAAGGUGGAUGCAGAGGAGACCCUCUACAAUGCCAUCGACUUCGAGAUCGACCGCCAGAAGACUCAAUCCAAUCGAGGCUAUGCCAAGAGCAAGGCUGCACCCAGUCAACAGACGAGGAUUGCAACCCCGCCAUCAUCUCCGGGAACAUCCUCCGGCUGGGAUCUGGUGACACCUCACGCACCUCAGGCUCAGGUCAACAACAUGACUCUGGACGAGAAGGAGCAGCUGAUGCGGCUCUUGCCAGAAAGGCGACAGGUGGCAGUGGCAGCUGUUCCAGUGCCGACCGAGGACCUGGCCACCGCCUACGAGUUGAAGAAGGUGAAACCGGUCACUCACCAUGUGGCCAAGAAAGUGAUGCUCAUGGCAACCACUAUGAUGAUGGCAGCUUCUUCGAUGCUGAACACCUUUGCCCUUGACGACUCCGAUGGCUUGUGGGAAAUGGCAUGUUCACCACACUCCUGGUUGAGUGAAGCUGCAGCUCGGCAAGGAUUGAAUCCCAGCGCAUCAACCUGGAGGCUGGCUAUGACCUCUGCAAGGACAGCACCUGGGAAGAACUUCGAGCUCUUCGACGUCAACGUCGUCCUCAACGGCUAUGGAUCUCCUUGCCCUGUACCAAGUGGUGCCCAUGGACAGCUGCGAACUACUCAACUCCAGAGCGUAAGCUUCUGCUCGAAGCCUUCCGUCGUCGUGAACGCAAGAUGCUCUGGAAGAUGUAUCACUUCCUGGAUGAGACCCUUGAAGAAGACCCUGACACUCUGGUCUACUGGGAAUGGCCUCAUCCUUGCUAUGGUUGGGAUCAACGACCUAUGCAAGCCAUUCAUGAAGCUUGGCAUGGAUUGGCUUCCAUGUCGCAUUGAUGGCUGCCGCUACCACCUCUAUGAUGCCCAUGGGGACUUGCUUAAGAAGAAGUGGAAAGAGCUCUUCCACGCCCAGUUCAGGACCAAGGUCUGUGUUGGUGAACAUUGCCAUGUACGUAUUGAAGGGCAAGAAACACAAAAGACUGCCUACUACCCCAAGCAGAUGGUAGAAUCCAUUGCUCGCUUUUGGGCACAGCAAAACACCUCCAACCGGCAGAUCCGCAGGAUGUCAAUGCCUCUAUUUGCUGCUGAACAUGAAGUACCCGAUUCACCUGAAGGAGAAUUACCUCCGGUGGCUGCUGAACCUCCUUCACGGGAGGAACAAGAGAAAUGGCAUGCUUGCCUCAUCCACUUCCACAAGGCGGCUGGUUCUACCCUGGUCUCAGGCAAGCUCCUUCGAUGCAGUGUGCACUCCGUCCGACCGGUGACUCCAACUGAAAAACACGAGCUCCACAACAAAGAGGAUAUCACCCAGCGGCGCUCGCUAUCUGAUCUUCUACCUCAACGCGAGUUCACCGACAUCACUGAUGAAGUGCCACCGCCUGAGCACCUCUCAAUGACUAUGAGGACGGUGACAAUGCACCUCAGGCAGCUCCUCAUCCUGAAGCUCCUGAUCCCAAACGUCCUCGACACGAUGACUAUGACCUCAAGUGGGUGGAACAACUGGAGGCGGAUGCCCGCCUUGAGGUGGCUUCUAUGGACAGCUCUCAUGGCUGCUGAGGAAGUGCUUUCGAUUGAGUCUGACAUCCACCUGGCAAGUCAUCGCCAGCAAAAGAUGUUUGAGCGCAAUCCCAUCCUCUACCUGACCAAGAAGAUGGGCAGUGCAGAAGUUCAACUCCAGAAGCUCACGCCCUACCAGCGCGCACUGUUUGAGCGGGCUAAGGCCAAAGAGGUCGGUUCCUUCAUCAAGAACAACGCCUUGAGGAAAUGUCUCAAUGAUGCUGAAAUCCGGCAAGCCUUUGGAAGCAACCGCAUCAUCAAAGCCCGUUGGGUCCUGACCUGGAAAGCAACACCCCCUGAUGAGUUGGCUGACGCUCGACAAUCCGCCGUCAACGACAAGAACACUGUGCUGGAUCUCGACGGCAGUCGUAAGGCGAAAGCCAGAAUUGUUCUCUUGGGCUUCCAACAUCCUUCACUGUUGGACAGGUCAUUCAAGACAUCGGCUCCUGUGAUGUCUACGAUCGGGCGCAACAUCAUGUACCUGCUGGCUACACACCACCAAUGGCCCAUCCAUGGAUUGGACUUGGCCACCGCCUUCCUGCAAACAGCUCCCACAGAAGCUGAUCAAGAGAUUUGGACUAGCGGUGUCAAAGAGUUGCGAGACGCCCUACACCUCUCCGACAACAGCGUGAUGCGAGUACUUCGCAACAUCUAUGGCUCCACAACGGCUCCACGUGGCUUAUGGCUCAGCUUGCAUCGCAAACUGCUUGAACUGGAAGCGACACCUAUUAUGGGUGAGCGAUGCCUAUGGGCCUGGUUCCCCAAGGAGCACAAGGACAAACAUGGCCGACCGUGUCUUUUGGGUGCUAUGGGCGGCCACGUUGACGAUUUCCACGUUGUUGGCAACCCACACAGUCCAGAGUGGGCAACGAUCUAUGCCAAGAUCCUUGGUGCCUACAAAUGGGGCACCGCCAAAAAGGACAACUUGAAGACUCAGGUUCAGCCCGAUGGCAACUUCAAGAUUGUCAUUGACCAAGAGGCCUACAUCGAGACCGCGGAAGAUCAGAACUUCCGAGUUCGCAUGCUUUGGAGCGAACUUCAUGGAUGCGGACUUCUUUGCCCUGAGCGCCGCGCAGACUUGGUCACCAUGGCGGAGGAGCAGGCGCAGCUGGUGCGCGGGGUCGUCUGCACGGAUAGCCGUGGAGGCUACGAUGCAGUGGAGCUGAAUGAGAGCCCUCUCCUAGGGCUAUCCAAUAUAAGGGCGGCAUUGCAAGCAUUCCAAUUGCGGGACAACCUCAAGAGGGUUGGAUGUGAGCUGCGCUGGCUCGCAUCGGGCUACGACCUUGCCGAUGCCCUCACGAAGAAACGUGGAGAGGCCAGGAUUGGUCUCAUGAAGUUUCUUCGAACCUGGCUCUGGUCGAUCGCCUAUGACCCCAACUUUGUGGCCGCAAAGAAGAACAAAAGAGAGGGUCGAAAUGCGAUCCAAAAGGUGGAUGAUGCACUUGGCCACGAUUCCCAUCCACUUCAGGCCCAUGGAGCCAUGGAUAGCUACGUGGAGCAGACCUUGAUCCUCCAGGCACAGCACUUGGCAGCAGCUGACACUCUCCAGGCCCUUGCAAUCGAUGCCAGUGGCUACUUGUCCGGCAAUGCUGCUGCCGAGGCCGAACCGGCCAUGAGAGAGGGACUGAACCUGAACGUUUUUGUGCUGGUGCAACACACUCACCACGGCAUGUCAGGUUCAGUGAUUUGA